AUGACAAGAUUCAAUCCACUAGUUUUGGCAUGUUUCGUCUUGUUGGCAGCCCUUCUCACAUCUUCAUCUUUUGUCAAUGCAUCAUCUCCAGCGGAACCAGCAUUCAAAAGUCAAUUACGUUCAUGUUUUGAAGCAAAUAGAAAUACCGAAUGUUUAGCCACACAAUCAUCUUGGUCUUCAUGUGGAGGUUCAGUUUAUUCUUCAUAUCAACUUGCACUCUCCAUUUCAAUGAAUUGUAUGAGAAGUGUUUGUGGAAGUCAAAAUAGUUUAUGUUGCAAUACUUAUUGUACAAUGUAUGGUUUAUCUGGAUAUGAUCAUUCAGUUUGUUUCAAUAAGUGUUUCAAUGGAUAUACUGGUUCAGUUGUUUCUGCUGCUGCAACUUUGAUGAAACCAAUUUCUACUUCUAUUGCUUAUGCUUCCAUCCCAUUCGAUGAUAACUCUGACUUUGUUCCAAAAAGUGCCACCACUGAUGAUAAAGCCAUUGUCAAAUGUUCUGUUUCAUGUGAUGCUACUUAUGCUUUUUAUUUUGCCAAUGAACAACCAACAAGAAAGGAAAGAAAUUUCUUGAGAACUCUCCUUUCUCAAAUUAAUGGUUCAAAUAGUACUACUGGAACAGCAAGUGGAAAUGGUGGAGUUUCAGUAUUGGGCAAAAAGAAGAAACUUUUCAUUUCGUCUUUUGUGAAAAAAACUAAACUCACAACUAUUAAGAAUGGAAAGGUCACUAAAUCAACCUCUAAAUCAUCAGGAAAAACUGAUAAAAAGAUGAUUUCCAAUGUUAUUCAAGUAACUCGUGACAGACUUCAAGUUUUUGACAUUUCACUUGAUAAGGUUGUCCCUUUGAAUCCCGUUUUGAAAAGCAGCCAAGUUGGUAAAAAUCAAAUCUGUGCCAAUACUGGAAAGACAGUUGAAGUUACCUAUUAUAAGAGAUCUAGAGUAAAUUGUAACAAGAUUCAACGUUGGAUGAAGGAAGUUUCAGAAAUUUCACCAAAUAAUUUGCUUACUGUUUACAAAUUCAUGAUGAUUGUUCAUAAUAAGUGUAGAUCUCUCAUUCCAAAGAAGUCUAAACAAUGUGUUGUUCCAAUGUUUAGAAGAAUUAAUUUGAAUACUGACACUCUUUAA